GAAAUACUGGAGGAGGAAGUCGCUGCUUGGUGGACUAACUAACGGAGUAAACACAUACAGGGUCUUGAUGAGGAAAUGCAUUCAACAGUUUGUGGAGCUUCAAAUUCCCCAUCCACAGUCAAAAAUAUUAAUGAGGUGCUGACCGACAGCAACCAGAGCCAGUCAGCUGUGAGCGACCAGAAUCAGACAAGUCCAGUGGUCAGUCCACCUAACAUGGUCAGAAAGGGUCUUGAUGAGGAAAUGCAUUCAACAGUUUGUGGAGCUUCAAAUUCCCCAUCCACAGUCAAAAAUAUUAAUGAGGUGCCAACUGACAGCAAUCAGAACCAGUCAGCUGUGAGCGACCAGAAUCAGACAAGUCCAGUGGUCAGUCCACCCAACACAGUCAGAAAGGCGGCCACUGAUCACUACAAUCAGCUCUCCUGUCCAGGUCAAAUGGAUCCAACUGUUAGCACAAAGUGUCAAAACUAUCGCUUGGUAUCUGCAACAGUAUCCUCCGUGGACAAGUGUGUCGAGUGUCUGGGACUUAAAUCUUCCUACAAGUGGCUUGGCUAUGUAUGCAAAGAUGAGAUUGUGUUCAGUGACGCUGAAGCCAGUGCAAGCGAAUCUGAUGACUGCAGCACGGCAGUCACAGCAACAGAAUGUGGAACUGUGGAGCCUAUGGAUACUGACGCUACAAUCAAAGAGCAAGUUCAUGAGAUGGAAGAUUUUGCAGGGUCUGUAUUGUCAGUGUCAUCUACAGUAACUGAGACUGCUCCUCCCUCUGAAGGACAAGAUGCUUGUGAAGACCAGCAUAGAAGAGUGCCAAAGAAAGUCACCUGUGACCCGGACGCAGAUAAAGUGGAAGAAGAUGGAUGGAGGACAAGGAAGGCCUAUCUGAUGGAGCCGUUCACCCAUCAGGGGUCAUUUUCCAUCAGAUCCAAUAGAUCCAGAGACCAGGGGAGAGAGACCACAGGAACAGGACCAGUCCAGAUGCAGACCUGGUGUCAAAGCACCUGUGACCCGGACCCAGAUAAAGUGGAAGAAGAUGGAUGGAGGACAAGGAAGGCCUAUUUGAUGGAGCUGUUCACCCAUCAGGGUCAUUUUCCAUCAGAUCCAGUAUAUCCAGAGAUGUUGGUGCAGGCAACAUCAGAGGAGACGUCAACAGUGGACCUGUGAGGGGGAGCAGAGACCCCAGACCAGACCUUCCCACAAAAAGCCAAAAUGACUCCACUGUGGACUAACAUUUAACCUGAAACUGUAACUACAAUAAACUGCAUGAACUUUAUCUUUUUCUUCUGUUUUUGUAAAAGACCCAAGACGGAGGUUCAGUUGGUUUUAUAAACAUGUCAUGUCAUAAGUGGAUUAAGGUGUUGAACCCUUAGGAGUCUGAGCCUAUUUCGGCCGUCUUUCAAUACUUCUAAUUUUACCUUUAUAGAACACAUAGAAAAUAUUAACUAUACCCAUGUUUGGUAUUUUUUUUAAUUUCACUUAUAUUAUCUGAUAAUUCUUUUACACUUUAUCUUACUUUAUUAACAUACUGGACCCGAAAAUACACAAAAGCAAUAGAAUUCAAGUUGGGGAAAAAUACUGUUUUUAACUCUGAAAACAUAUGAAGGUAACUAUUUAACUAUUAAUAAUAUCUCCAGGUUUACAUGGUCAAUCAAUGUCAAACAAAUACUUCUUUUUUAAUAAUGCUUCGAUCCUCACAGAGGGUUAAAGGGGGUAGAGUUCAAACGUUUCUCAAGGCGUCCACAACAAACUGUAGACUUAGAAACUGUUGA